UAAAAAACCUUCAAUAAAUAUCAUCCUCAUCAUCUAUAUUUUCGCAUAACAAAACUGUGCUAAAACUCCUCUCUACUCUCAUCCACCCGUCCCCAAACAAUGAGUUACUACAACCAGCAGCAACCGCCCGUCGGCGUUCCUCCGCCCCAAGGUUAUGGAAAGGACGCUUACCCGCCGCCGGGAUACGCGCCGCAAGGUUACCCGCCGCAGCAGGCGUAUCCAGCCCAGGGCUAUCCGCCGCCUUAUGCUCCUCAGUACGCUCAGCCUCCGCCUCCUCAACGCAAUUCAAGCAGCCCUGGUUGCUUGGAAGGCUGCUUGGCUGCGCUGUGCUGCUGCUGCCUCUUGGAUGCGUGCUUCUAAGAAGACAUUACUCUGCACAAAUUGGAUUUACAUAAAGUGUAUUUUGACUUUGAAUAUUGUUCUUUUUUUUUUCCCUCGUUGAUUGUUUGCCUUUUAUGAAUAUGAACUAUUGCUUCCGAAGAUAACAGUGCCUCAUUCACAUGAUUGGUAGAUUUCUAAUUUUCCUUGUGUUA